AUGACUAUCGAUAUUGGAAUUAUAUUAGUAGGAGGAUUAGGUACAAGGUUAUAUCCAUUGACUAAAACAAGACCAAAACCUCUUAUAUAUUUUAUUGAUAAACCAAUAAUUGAAUAUCAACUACAAGCCUUAAAGGAUGCUAAUAUCAAAAUAGUUAUACUUUGUUUAAAUUAUUUUAAUGAACAUUUGACGGAAGCAUGUAUUGAUUGGGAGAAAAAAUUUAAUAUGAAAAUAAAAUUAUCAAAAGAAGAUAAACCUUUAGAUACCGCAGGACCAUUAAAAUUAGCAGCUAAAAAUUUUCCAGAAAUUUAUAAAUCACAGGGUGUUAUUGUAAUGAAUGCUGACAUCUACUCAACAAUUAAAAUAAACGAACUAGAAAACUACUUUAAAAUCCUUAUUAAAGAUAAUAGUACAGUCUGUGUAAUAGCAAGUUAUGAAGUUAAAGAUCCAACUCGUUAUGGGUGUUUAUUAAUAGAAAAUAAUAAAAUAACCAAAUUUUUAGAGAAACCAAAAACUAAAGAAGAAAUAAUUAGUAAUAAAAUUAACGCAGGAAUAUAUUGCAUGACACCUAAAAUAAUAAAAGAUAUGAUUGAAUUAAAAAAAGUAUCAAUAGAAAAAGAUAUUUUUCCUUUAUUGGCAAAAAAUGGAAAUUUGUAUAAUUAUAACUUAGAUGGAUUUUGGAUUGAUGUUGGUGUACCGGCUGAAUAUUUAUAUGGCCAAAGGGUUGUAAUAGAAAUGUUAGAUCUAGUUAAAAAAAACAAAGCUUAUUCAAAGAAUGUUAUUCUAGGAAAGAAUGUCAUUAUAAAAGAAAAUGUUUCAUUAAGUAAUUGUGUUAUAUUUGAUAAUACAAUCAUAAAUAAUGAUUGUGUAAUAACUAAUGCAAUGAUAGGAUAUAAUUGUAUAAUAGGAUCAAAUGUUAAAAUAGGAAAUGAAUCAAGUAAUGUUACAAUAUUAGGAGAUGGUGUUAUGGUAAAAGAAGGGGUAAUUAAAGUUAUUUCAUUAAUAGAACCAAAUGAAAUUAUAAAUAAAAUUUAA